AUUUUGUUCUUUUAUUUAUUUAUUAAUAACUACAAAGACAAAACGACUUUGAACAAAAAUGUUAUGCUAUCCACUCACACACGCAUCAAUAAAAUAAAGAAAAAGCUCAUGUCCCGGGUCAAAGAUUACCCAGUUGCUCGUUGACCUUGACCGUAAAAGGGUGAUCACCGGAAAAUUCGAAACGGAGAUGCGAUUUCCCGAUUAUUAGCAAUCGAGUUCUUCACCAGAGCACAGUUAAUUUCAAAUUUUACUUCGAUUAUCAAAGUCUAAUGAAGCGGAGUAACUGAAAUCGCUGCGAAGAGGAUGAAGAGAAAGGAAGAGAAGACGAACAAAGCUCAGAAGGGAGUUGAUGUUUGUUAAGAUCGAUUCUAUCAAACGUCGUCCACGACGAAGAUGGUGAUGAUUUCUCACAAGUUGAAUUUGAUUUUGGUCGUCAUCGUAAUCGGAGGAUCCAUUUGCCGAGUCUCUUCUUCUCCGUCUAAUUUCACCUGUAACGGAAGAUGCGGUGGAUGGAUUCUUCCUUAUCCCUUCGGGUUUACAGGCGAUUGUCCGAUCCGAUUCAGUUGCUCCGCGGCGGAGCAAGCAAUGAUCGGAAGCUUUUUAGUCGAGAACGUGACGGAAGACAGUAUCGUCGUCGGCGUCCCACACGAUUGUAACCGGAGUGUUGAAGCCAUGGAUCCGCUUUUCCACGAGCUAUACGCACCAACAUCGGAGAACAGUUUCCUGAUGGAGAACUGCACCAAGGCAACCGAUGGCUGCUCCAUCAAGCAGAAGUUCUUGGAGACUCAGCUGAAACUGAAAAGCUGUGAUCCCAAAGGAAACAUAAGCUGUUUCUCUGCAGAUACGAACUCGAGCUCGAUAAACUCGGCCAAGUAUUUCAGGAUGAACGAUUUGAGGAGAAGCUCGUGCAAGUUUCUGUUCUCGUCGAUAGCUUUCGAGUCUGUGGGUGAGCACGCGGGAAUAGCGCUAGAGUUUGAGCGAGUUAGGUUAGGUUGGUGGCGAAAGGGAGGCUGUGGAAACUCAACUUGCUCGGCGAAUACCAUUUGUACGAGCGUUAGCACUCCUGAUGGAAAUGCAGGGCACCGGUGCUCAUGCCUCGAGGGCUACGACGGAGACGGUUAUAUCAAAUCUCCUUGCCGGAAAGUAUUACGGGAUUGUCAUGGUUCAAGGCUAGCGUGGGGACAUUGUAGAUCUAAUCUUGCGAUUGUUGUAGGAGGAACCGUUGGUGGAGCAUUUUUGCUAGCUGGAUUGGCUUUUUUGUUCGUUUGUAAGCGGAGACGGUCUGCUUCUAUGAGAAGCCAAUUAAGCGCAAAGCGUCUUUUAUCUGAAGCUACAGGCAACUCAAGUGUCGCUUUUUUCCCUUACAAAGACAUCGAGAAAGCAACGAGCGGUUUCUCUGAAAAGCAGAGGUUAGGAACUGGUGCAUACGGUACGGUCUAUGCAGGGAAGCUCCAGAACGAUGAAUGGGUUGCUAUCAAAAGACUCAGACACAGAGACUCAGAGAGUGUUGACCAAGUCAUGAACGAGAUCAAGCUUCUUUCCUCUGUGAGUCACCCGAAUCUCGUCCGUCUCUUGGGAUGCUGUAUCGAACAAGGCGACCCGGUUCUCGUCUACGAGUUCAUGCCAAACGGAACUUUAUCAGAACAUCUACAAAGAGAGAUAGGCACCGGUCUUCCAUGGACCGUGCGUCUCACUGUCGCCACACAAACGGCUAAAGCAAUCGCGUAUCUCCACUCUGCGAUGAACCCACCGAUCUAUCACCGUGACAUCAAAUCCAGCAACAUCCUUCUAGAUUAUGAUUUCAACUCCAAAGUCGCGGAUUUCGGACUCUCUAGGCUCGGUCUGACCGAGACUUCACACAUCUCAACGGCUCCUCAAGGCACACCUGGCUAUCUCGACCCUCAGUACCAUCAAUGCUUCCAUCUUUCUGAUAAGAGCGACGUCUACAGCUUCGGUGUCGUUCUUGCUGAGAUCAUAACCGGUUUAAAAGUCGUUGAUUUUACUCGACCGCAUACCGAAAUCAACUUAGCUGCUCUUGCUGUUGACAAGAUCGGUUCAGGCUGUAUCGACGAGAUUAUAGACCCGGUCAUCGACCUGAACCUAGACGCGUGGACUCUCUCGUCGAUACACACCGUCGCUGAGCUCGCGUUCAGAUGCUUAGCGUUUCACAGUGACAUGAGACCUACAAUGACUGAAGUAGCCGACGAGCUCGAACAGAUACGGCUCAGCGGUUGGAUUCCGAACAUGAGCUUGGAUUCUCCGACCGGUUCUCUCCGGUCAUCUGAUCGCGGAAGCGAAAGAUCAGUAUCGGUGAAGAAAUCAUCAGCAGGAAGCAGAAGGCUCGUUGUUCCGGCGAAACAACCUGAUAUACUCGCUUCAGUCGAGGAGAUUAACGAUAGCUCACCGGUCUCGGUGCAAGAUCCUUGGUUAAGUGCACAGAGCUCACCUUCUACUAAUACAUUGCUCGGUAAUAUUCCCAGGUGAUUAAAUGAUAUUAAAGCACUAUCUUACCACGUUUUCUUGUUCAUAAGUCUUUGUAAGAUGUGUUCAUAAAUGCUAAGUAGAGAGAUUAACAAUGGAGAAUACUUGAGUUAAUAUUAAACGGUCUUGAAACAAGAUCUUUCAAUCAGUACCACAUAAAGUUCAUACUUAA